UGAAUGUGGCUCUAAACUCUACAUACUUGUUCUCCUAUGUGUAGAUGCAAUAGAGAAUCAAAAGGGUGAUGAGAACAUGACUACUGAAAUCAAAACCACUGCUGAUGGUCAGAAGCAGCAAAAACACCUGCGUGAAAAGAAGAGGGACAGACAGGAUGACAUGGGUGAUGUUCAAACUUCCACCAAGAGGAAGCCUACAAGUACUGCUGAUGUGCUCGAGAACCAAUCUCAACAGAGUAACUCUAAUUUUGGUGUUUCGUUCCCUAAACUUGAGCCUGAUGACGAUGCAUCAACUUUGCGUCCUGCUGGUUCUGCAUUGGAUCUAAGUUGUCUUAGUGAAGGCCUUGUGUCUAUUGCUUUUCAUGAAGAUUAUUAUGCCAACAAAGAGAAAAACCUGAGACCUCCAAUUAUAGAUUAUGCCGCCGCAUUGCGUCAGCAUAAAUGCGCUGAUGUCAACCUGUUUGAAGCCGCAGAUUUGUUGAAAUGUAUCUCUAACAUUCAUCCAGUAGAUCUGAGGUCUGAAUUAGAAAAAGAAACAGGCAUGUUUUGUAGGGACUGGCUGACUCACCACCAAGAUCCAUCUGUUGGCUACUUGGAUAUUUAUUUGGAUACUAGUUGUGACAGAGAUAUGGAGAAGAUUUACGAAUCGGAAAUUUAUGUACGAGUUCAGGAUCUGGUUAAGACGUUUGAUAAGAAGACGGUGGAAGGACUCAAAAACUUCAUUUACAUGAUGCCAAUGACAACGGAGGUGUUCAACUAUGAGAUGAACUGGGCCAUGGUUGACAAGGUACACAAAAUAGGUUCGCCACGUGGCCGUACAGGAAGGCACGAAAUAUGACUGAAGAAUCUCACUUAAAGAUCUCGAUCAAUGACUUGUCAAAUCAAAUGUCAGAAUUACCUCGCCAC